AUAAGUUUAUUAUUUUGUGGUCUCAGAAAACUGACACUAGAAGCAUUUUAACUGCUUUACUUGAUUAAAGACAUGAAAACCACCGUUUAAAAUCUCAAAAUUAAUUUUCCAUGUCAGUCAAACGUAAUCUAAAAUCUCCACACAAAUAAACUUUUCAUAAGUAAUAUGCUUAUACAGUUCUUGGUUCUUGUACAGCUUUUACACUUUGUCUUGUGUGGGAGGAAGAGAGAGAUUAAUGAUGAUGUGUGUGACGUCAGGGUGUUUCUACCACUGCCAUCUGCUUCUUAUAGCAGGAAAACACCAGCCAGGGUUUGUGUUAAUUUUAAAUCUUGGAAGCAUGAAAGCAAACUUAUUGAACACUUUUACUACUGACGUCUUGUCCUCUUCUUUUAACAUACCACUUAAAAAUGUGCAGGUGCAUUACGAAUUCUGAGUUAUAGAUCAGAACCAUUUAAAGUGUGAAACCAGUUGACCUAUUGUUUAGAUUUGACCACAUCUACUUUAUAAAAAUACAUUUUGGGCAUUUUAAACAAUGAUGAUGUAUGUGGAAAAAUCAUAAUACCAUAAUACAUGAGAAAAUCUGAAUUCUUUUACAGUUUUUGGUUUUUCAUAUUGCAUGGCAAAAUCAUCAGUUGCUCAUCUGGCCACCCUUCUGAAAACUUUCUGGGGGAAACUGCUGAAAACAUUAUAGUCUGCAUGUGUGACUAUUCUGUAUUAUAGUAAUAUUGAAAUGUCAUGUCUUGAAAUCAUAACUUGUUCAGGUGCUUUUCAAAGACCCCAAAUCACUAAGACUAGACACUAGUGGUGACCUACAUCUUUCAUUUGAACAAAAACACAUUGAUUUCAAUACAUCACAACAAUUUCUGUGUUAAAAUGUAGAUACAUAAUUUAAGUGAAACUCCAAACAGCUCUUAGUCUGUUGUUGCACACUUUCACUGACCCUUUUAACACCUUAGCAGAAGAUGUUUGUGUGUUUAGACACUAAUGACAUUAUACUUGUCACCAGCAAUGAUUUACCACAUGUGUGUGUGGGUGGGGGGUGUCGGUGCGUGUGCCUGCGGGGAUGUAGGUGUGUAUGUGUGUGUGUCAGGACGGACUCUGGCCCGCAUGAGCAUCUGCUGUACUCUAGUGCUCAGCAUACAGUACACUCCAUUAUCCCCUGGCAGAGUGUGUGUGUCAACCCUGCAGUUGCUACAUUAGGGUGAUGUGUUUAAUCAUCAAUUCAGCUCAGGAACUGCCCUCUCCAGCUGUACAGCUAUCAGCCUGUGUCAGGGUUGCAUUUAUGCAAAGGUCAGCUUGUAGCUCAGCCAAGAGGGAGAUAUUCACCUGAUGAAGAGAGAGUUUAAAGGUUCAAAGUUUACUUGUAACUUCUUUAAUAUUAAUUCUGCAUGUGUAAAGCUUGAACCCAGGAGGUGCACUAAGAGGCCAAAAGAAAACAUUUCUGUCAUAUUUGAGAUUUGUUGAGACUGCUGAGGAUGCCUAAUUUCACCAUCAACUUCUACGCCGGAUCCCAGUCCUUCAGCAUCUCCGAUAUUAUUGUCAUCGCAACAUAUUUUUUCCUGAACCUCGCUGUCGGUAUUUGGUCAUCAUGCAGGGUGAGCAGAAAUACUCUGAGUGGAUAUUUUCUGGCUGGAAGGGACAUGGCCUGGUGGCCGAUUGGCUCGUCUCUUUUCGCCAGCUCAGAGGGUUCGGGUCUGUUCAUCGGCCUGGCUGGGACUGGGGCCGCUGGCGGAAUUGCUGUCGCCGGGUUUGAAUGGAACGCAACUUAUGUGCUGCUGGCACUUGCUUGGAUAUUUGUACCUGUCUACAUCUCCUCUGGGAUUGUGACAAUGCCAGAGUAUCUGGGGCGUCGCUUUGGAGGGGAACGGAUCCGAACGUAUCUCGCUGUCCUCUCACUCUUGCUGUCUGUCUUCACCAAGAUAUCGACUGACUUGUACUCUGGAGCCCUGUUUGUCCAGGUGUGCCUGGGAUGGAACCUCUACCUGUCCACUGUCCUCAUGCUGGUGGUCACUGCUCUCUACACCAUAGCAGGUGGACUGGCUGCUGUCAUCUACACAGACACUUUACAGACAUUUAUUAUGAUCAUCGGUGCAAUCAUUCUAACAAUUACUGCUUUUAACAAGAUAGGUGGCUACAACAAUCUGGAGCAAGUUUACAGCAUCGCGGUGCCAAGUAAGAUUAUCCCCAACAGUACCUGCCAUCUGCCACGGGCCGACGCCAUGCACCUGUUCAGAGACGCCGUCACUGGAGACCUGCCGUGGCCAGGCAUGACACUAGGGCUCACCAUACUGGCCACCUGGUACUGGUGCACCGACCAGGUUAUUGUACAACGGUCCCUGUCAGCUAAAAACAUGAGUCAUGUGAAGGGAGCGUCGAUCUUUGCCGCCUAUCUAAAGUUGCUGCCCUUCAUCUUCAUCAUCCUGCCGGGUAUGAUUAGCCGAGCUCUCUAUCCAGACACUGUGGGAUGUGUUGAUCCAGAGGAGUGUGUACGGGUGUGUGGAGCAGAGGUUGGAUGUUCCAACAUUGCCUUUCCCAAACUGGUCAUUGAGCUCAUGCCAAGUGGCUUGAGGGGGCUCAUGAUAGCAGUGAUGAUGGCAGCUCUGAUGUCAUCUCUGACUUCCAUCUUCAACAGCAGCUCCACACUUUUUACCAUGGACAUCUGGAAAAAACACCGGCCUGGAGCCUCUGAGAGGGAGCUGCUGCUGGUUGGCAGGAUUGUCACUGUGAUCCUAGUGGUGGUGAGUGUGGUGUGGAUCCCCAUCCUUCAAUCAGCCAAUAGCGGCCAGCUCUACGUCUACAUCCAAUCAGUGACAAGCUACCUGGCUCCGCCAGUCACAGCCGUCUUCACACUGGCAGUCUUUUGGAAGAGGACCAAUGAACAAGGUGCAUUCUGGGGCCUCAUGGUGGGUUUGGUGGUAGGAGUGUGCAGGAUGGUGCUGGAAUUUGCCUUCCCUCCUCCCAGAUGUGGCGUUGUGGACUCAGCUCCCAUGGUGUUACGUGGUGUUCAUUAUCUUCACUUCGCCAUUCUGCUCUGUGGACUCACUGCUAUCGUCGUAGCCGUGGUGUCAGUUGUCACACCGCCACCCAGCCACGAACAGGUGUGCAACCUGACCUGGUGGACAAUAAUUGAGGAGCCAGAAAGAGAGAUUCCUCUCCAGAAAGUGUCUUCUGUCAGCCACCGUAACUCACAGGGAUCUGAACAGGCUCGCCGGGCCGUGUGCGGACAAGGAGCAGGAUUGUGCCUCUCGGCGAUGCGGCGCUCAGAGCAGACUGCCAGAGUUCCCACGAUUCGGGAGAGUGUGUUCUGGUCCAGGUUCUGUUGUGCCAAUGCUCUCCUCUUAGUUUGCAUUAAUAUUUUCCUAUAUGCAUACUUUGCCUGAAUUUGUUGCCAGAUUUGGAAACGUUCCUCACCAUGCCUUCUGCUGAACUCUGUUCAACCUGUAAACUGCAAACUGGUAGAGGUUAUUGACAAGACUUUUUUUUAAUUGUUUGCCUUUUAGAUGCCUGACAGGUACAGCUCUGUGCAAAAGUUUUAAAUCAACUUAAUUUCUUUACACUUUGUUCAAAAUCAGCCUGAUUGUUUCAUAAACCCUAAGAGAUCUUCAUCACAAGGAUAUAUGAAGGUUUUUCUUUGUCGGCUCGUUUACAGUGUAUCUCUAGUUUAAACUGGUCUGAUUUAAAUUAAUAUAAAAAAAACCUGCAACAUUUAGAAUUUUUAAGAUCAGUGUAAAAAUUCACAAACUGAGCUUAAAGAAUCUGAGUUUAGAGGUUUUGUGGUGCUAUGAUCCAGACUUGAUGGGACUAACUGUUGUAAAUGUAGAACCAGAGCUGAUUAUAGUGGGUCCAAAUGCAGCCACACUGGUCAAUCAGAAGCCAGCUUCAGCAUUGUUGAUUUAUGAUUGGCAGAACAUGCUGAUGCCAUUUAGACCAAUUCUCAACAUGAAAAGGUUGAGAAUUAGUCAAAUAAUGUCUUAUAAAAUACUCAUGACUUUAGAUAUUGUUUAGUCUCAAGUCAGAUAUUUUUUUUGUUCAUUUCUAACAAUUUAACAAUAAAGGAAACAUUUAUUAGACAACAGCUUCUCAAAUAAAAUCAAAAACGUUUUUAAUGUCUCAUGGUAUUAAUUUUUAGAGAUGUUUUAUUGAAUAUUAUUUGUAGUAAAGAAUCAUAUUUUUGUUUUUCAUUGGCAUAUGUUAAAUAAACUGAAAGAUAGUUGCACAAAAAAAACAAACAUGGACACAAUGAAUUCAUGACUGAAAAUAUUCAGCAAGAAGAAAAAUGUAAGAUUUACUGCUGUGUUUGGAUCCGGUUUAUGCUGAUCACACCAGGGUUUGUGACCAAAGACAAAAUAAUAAAACAGAUUAAAAAGUAAAA